UCGCCGCGUCCCGAAGCCUUCCUGGUUCGCCGUCGGCCUAAAGACCGACGCGCUAAAAAGUACUUUUGACAGGACUGACUGCUCAGCUUCGCUUAGAGGGAGCGGAGUCACGCACAGUGGGACCCACAUGCGCUCUGAGCCUGCAAUUCACCUUGUGCAACCAUGCCCGUGGUAGCCAUAGCAGGCGGCACUUCGACGGGACUCGGCCGGGCGCUGACGGUGGCCAUCUUGGAGUCCGCGGAUCGCCACUGGACGCCCGUCAUUCUCUCGCGCAGCGACAAGCGGCCGCCGUGGCUGCGCGCCAUCGAUGCCGACGGUCUUGUGCCCGUCGUUGCCGUCGACUACAUGUCGGUGGCGUCGAUCAGCGAUGCACUGCGCACCCACAAGGUGCACACGCUCCUCUCCGUCGCGCUCGCCAAGGACGGCUCGCAGAACCGCUUGCAGCUCAACCUCGUGGAGGGCGCGCGCGAGGCUGGUGUGCAGCGCUAUGUACCCAGCUACUGGGGCCUGGGUGUCGAAGCCUACCGCCACGUCACCGUGAUGCGCAUGGGCGCCGAGGGCGUCUGGGAGGCGUGCGAGAAAGCACAGCGCGAGACGGGCAUGCAGUGUGCACGCUUCAACUGCGGCGGUUUUAUGAAUUACUUUGGCAUCGGUGCCCACCCACCCGCCCGGCAGCAGCAGCAGCUCACUGACGAGGAGUUGGUGGAGCAGCUGAGGCAGGGCGGCGGCUACGCUGCUGGCGAGGAUGCAGGCGAGCAGGGCGUCGACCGCGACGGUGACAUGGCCGAUGGCAGUGGCUGCUACCUGCUCAAACCCCGUGGCCUGUGUGCAGAGGUGCCGCUCAGUCCCUCGGGCGGCUACCCGCGCUUCACCACGACGACGCUCCGCGACGUGGGCAGGUUCGUCGCCGCUGCGCUGGAGCUCGAGACGUGGGAGGGAGAUAUGAACAUCGUCGGCGACACUGUUCGGCUCGACGAGAUGAUUCGCACGACUGAGGCGCUGCUGGGCAAGAAGCUGGCCGUCGAGACGAUCUCGCCCGCCGAUCUGGACAAGCAGAUUGGCCAACUCCGCAUGCCCGAUGAUUUUAUGAAGCUUCUCUGGCUCGAGCUUAAGCGGGAGCACGCAAAAGACGAAGUGGGCAACGGCGUUUUGGACGGCAACGUCAAUCGCAUGUGCCCUCACGUCAAGCCUGUGUCCUUCAAGGAGUACAUGCACGCACAGUGGUCCUGAGGACCCGCGGAAUGCCUCUAGCGCACAUCCCGCUGUGCCCGGCCAGAAGCGAUGCAUUACUUGAAGUGC